UUUUAAUUUUUGGAGAGCUUUUUAAAUAAAAAAUGCAGGAACACUUGGGAACAUUGUCACGUCAACGUUGGUAUUAGAGCAACACCAGAGUAUUUAUAAGGCUGACACUCAAUCUCAUUUUUUUCACUCAUUCUCAGGUUGGUUGCUUUAGGGUUUUUUUAAUUUUAAAAUCUACUUUCGUUCCUUGAGAUGAUGAUAACAAGGGUUUAGUCCCAUCAGAAGAAGAUGAAUUAAGGAGGAGAAAUGUUGUUUUCAAGUAAAAAAAGGUUUUGGGCAUAAAUGACAGCAUAUUCAAUGCUUUAUUCCUCGGCUUCACCGGCUGGAGUAAAUGCUAGAAUUGGCGUUGCAAUUUAAUUGUGGAAUUUGAGGGAUUCACGAUGCAUUGCUACAGAUUUCAUUUGAUUUGCAGCUUUCCCAAAAAAAAAUCAGGUUCAAUUUCAUUUGCUCUAAUUUCCUACAUCAUUAUUAAGGUUCUGGGUUUGGUGUUUGGGGAUUGUUUUUGGUCUGGGUUUUGUGUUUGGAUGUAUAUUUUAGCAUUUGACAAAUUUUGGAUGGGUUUUGGAGGAUAAUUUUUGUUUUCCAUUAUUUAUAGCAAGUUGGUGGAUGAAACAAUAUUCACAUACAAAGUCGAGGGCUGCUUUUAUGAAUUGAAGAUGGGAUGAUUCAGGACAGUAUAGACCUAGAUAAAAAAAUGGAUAGGGAGAGGCCAGAGAAAAUGGAGAACACAUGCAAAUAAAGGACACGGUUUUGGAAGUGAGAAAUGGAUUCUACGAGAACUCAUGCUGCAGCUUUGGAUUUUGCUUCUAUAUGCCCUUCAUUAAUGAAAGUUCAUAAUUUAUGCUACUGCACUCUGGUUUUGGAAGUGAGAAAUGGAUUCUACGAGAACUCAUGCUGCAGCUUUGGAUUUUGCUUCUAUAUGCCCUUCAUUAAUGAAAGUUCAUAAUUUAUGCUACUGCACUCUGGUUACUUCGGGUUCGGACUACUUCAUGUUCGGGUCAAUGCGGGUUCGAGUAGAGAACUAUAUGUUCAUCACCAUUAUCAUUCGGGUUCAUGCCGAGUCUUCUUUAUUGGCUGAAGCUUGGCGGUACUUUCAACAAUAUGGAAAUUUCAACGCCUCCACCGAUCAACACAAUGGAAAUUUCACCAUGUACUGGUCUAAGCUUGUUAUACUCAAGACCGCGCUGAGUAAUCUUGGAGCUGCUGUUUUCAUCUUGUUCCAGUGCAUACCUGAGUUGAAACAUUAUGCCCCAAGCGUGCCAAUAGAUGUUGUUGGAACUAGACUUGGUGAGAAAUACUUGAUUUCAGAUCGGAAUAUGGUGACUUCUUAAUCAAGUUCUUCCAUAGUUGCCGACUUUCUGGACUACCCCAAUGAGCCUUGGACAUUAUUCCACGCAACAUGUAUAAUCUAAACUUUUAAAAUUUCUUUUUUAUGCUCUGAGUUUGGAUAAGGAUCAGUUUCAGAACAUAUCUUUCUAUAUUAUAUAAAUAUGAAGUAGGGUUGUGUACCCAUUAUAAAUACGGACUUUGUGCAUCCAUUGUUUUUUUACUUAAUUUGUCAAGAAAUUUGAGUCUUAUAU